CUGGGCCGCAAAAGGUGAUUAUGUCUGUAGGCGAGCUCUCCUCCGAACAAGUGCAACAGCUCUACCUCUGUUCCCUGCUGCUGGGCCGCAAAAGGGAGCAGCCCAUCUUCUCCUGCAAGGCGCACGUUUUCCACAUCGACCCCAAGACAAAGCGUUCGUGGAUACCCGCCUCGUCCUCGGCCGUGUCCGUCUCCUUCUUUUACGACUCCACCAGACAGCUUUACAGGAUCAUCUCCGUGGAAGGCACCAAGGCUGUCAUCAACAGCACCAUCACCCCCAACAUGAUGUUCACGAAGACCUCGCAGAAGUUCGGUCAGUGGUCGGACAUGCGCGCCAACACCGUCUACGGCCUCGGCUUCUCCACGGAAGGAGAGCUCAACAAAUUUAUAGAGAAAUUUCAAGAAGUGAAAGAAGCGACGCGGACGGGCAAGAGUAACGGCACACUGGGCGGCAACACGUCGCUGCCUGGUGGCGGGGGCGGCGUCGGGAUGGCGGCGGCGGCGGUGGGGGGCGGCGGCCCCGCGUCAGCGUCAGCAUCGCCGCUCACAGCACGCUCCAAACUCCAGCAGCCUGACGCCAUGCUGGACGUCAGCAUCAUGAGUGCAGGUGUUGAUCAGAUGUCACUGCAGCAACAGCUGCUGCAACAACAGCAACAAGCAGCAAAUAAUGACAACAAUAGGCACCAGCGACAACUGUCAGGCUCAUCUUUAGUUGGACCGGCGGGCGUCGGGCAGCAGUCGCAGCAGCAGCAGCAGCAGCUGCAGGGUGGCAUGAAUCAAGGUCUGCAAGGCAACGAAAGCCCUAAGCACAAGGGGACCGGGGGUGCGGGCGACAAAAUAUCACAAGGAGGCUCGGGGGGCGGCGCCCCUACAGUAGACUCGCACGUUCAGCUCAAGUAUGAGAACGACAGACUCAAGCUCGCGCUCGCGCAGAGUUCGGCGAACGCCAAGAAGUGGGAGAUCGAGCUGAACUCCCUGAAGACGACCAACGCUCGCCUCACAUCCGCCCUGCAGGAGUCAACCGCCAACGUCGAGGAGUGGAAGAAGCAGCUCCAGACGUACAAGGAGGAGAACACGCGCAUGAAGAACAGGAUACUCGAGCUGGAGAGCGGCGGUGGACGGGUUAUUUGCGAGUCAGACGAGGCCGGGGAGAUUAAACUCCUGCGCUCCAAAAUCGCGAGCUUGGAGGGGGAGCUGUCGGCGCGCGAGAACACCGUAGACGACCUGAGGGCGCAGCUCAUACGCUCCAGAGCUUCUGAUGACCACAAGGAGAGGCUGCAGCAAGCGCUGGAGGAGAACGAACAACUGCGUGUAGAGGCAGCACACACGCAGAGUCAGCUGGAGGUGGCGCUGGCGACGCAGGACACGCAGCGUAACGUGGUGGAGAGUGUGAACCAACAGCUGAGUGAGAGACUCAAAGACCUGCUGGCGCUGCACAACGAGCUCAACCACCUGCUUACUACAUGA